CACUUUCCAAAUCAAAUGGCAGCAACAAAAACAAAAACAACCUUAACAACACAAACAACGUCUCCUUCUCCACACAACAAAUAUCGUUACACUUUUAUCACUCUUCUCUUCCUCUUCUUCUUCCUCUUCAGCAUCUUCCUAUUCAGUAAAAGUUCUCUCGAACCCCCAAUCUCUCUCUACAGAGAUUUCUUCCCCCAAACCCAAACUGAAAUUUCUUCUUCUUUUUCUUCUCAAGAACCACCGAUCCAAGAACCCAUUUCUCCAAUUAGUCCCAAAAUCAUCAAUGAGGAAGUUUCAGACAAAAAUGAGAAAGACCCAUCUCCUGAAAAUGGAGUUUCAACACCCAAAAUCAUCAAUGAGGAAGUUUCAGACAAAAAUGAGAAAGACCCAUCUCCUGAAAAUGGAGUUUCAACACCCAAAAUCAUCAGUGAGGAAGUUUUAGACAAAAAUGAGGAAUACCCACCUCCUAAAAAUGGAGUUUCUGUUGAAAAUGAGAGUGAUUUGUGGGUGGAGAGAGUAAAAGAGUGUGAUUUGUAUAGUGGGACUUGGGUGAAAGAUGAGGAAAAUCAACAUCCAAUUUAUAAACCAGGUUCUUGUCCUUAUGUGGACGAGGCUUUUGAUUGCCAAACCAAUGGAAGGUCUGACCAUGACUAUCUCAAAUGGAGGUGGAAGCCUCAUACUUGUGAGCUUCCCAGGUUUAAUGCAACUGACUUCUUGGCAAGAAUAAGGGGCAAAAAGCUGAUGCUGGUUGGAGAUUCGAUGAACAGAAACCAGUUCGAGUCAAUUCUAUGUCUCCUCCGUGAGGGCCUGCAAAAUAAAAGCAAAAUGUAUGAAGUUCGUGGCCACAAAAUAACAAAGGGAAGAGGUUAUUACAUCUUCAAAUUCGAGGACUACAACUGCACGGUGGAUUUUGUGAGGUCGCAUUUCCUUGUGAGGGAAGGGGUCCGCGUCGAUGGCCAGGGAAAUUCAAAGCCAACUCUUUCGAUAGAUCGAAUAGACAAGACCUCAGCUCGUUGGAAGAGGGCUGACAUUCUAAUCUUCAAUACAGGCCACUGGUGGGCUCAUGGAAAGACUUCUCGUGGGAAAAACUACUUUAGAGAGGGAGAUUAUGUCUAUCCACAAUUCGACUCCAUCGAGGCAUAUAGAAGAUCUUUGAAAACUUGGGCAAAUUGGAUUGACAAAAACGUGAAUCCGGCGAAGCAGUUGGUCUUUUAUCGGGGAUACUCUACCGCUCAUUUCCGAGGUGGAGAUUGGGAUUCAGGGGGCUCUUGUAACGGCGAAACAAAACCCGCCUUUAUUGGGGCCAUCCUUGAUAAUUAUCCUUUGAAAAUGAAGAUAGUAGAGGAAACAAUACGGGAUAUGCGGGUUCCGGUGAAACUAUUGAAUGUGACGAGGUUGACCAAUUUCCGCAAGGAUGGCCAUCCGUCAAUCUAUGGAAGGAACUCAACCGCUGGGAAAAAGGUCUCGAAAAGGCGGCAAGACUGCAGCCAUUGGUGCCUCCCCGGGUUCCUGAUGCAUGGAAUGAAGUUAUUUAUGCCACUUUGGUUUUUCACCAAACAAAUUCAAUGUGCAUACUAAAUCAGUACUCUCAAGAUGGAGUUCCAGCGGCCAAGAAAUAGAUCUCCAUAACAUAGAACGGGAC